AUGCAGCAACCAAGUGUUGGCAUCGUCGUCCCAAACGCCUGCAGCCACCCGCGAAAUGAUGCCGUGCCCCGUGCAGGAUCAUCGCGCUCUCGCCGCAGUAGCCUGCACCUCGCCGGCCGCCACUCGCACCGCUGCCAUGCACGGGCUCUCUGCGCUGCCCCGGACCUCCAUUCCCGCGAAGCUAUCGUCUCUGCCAAAGACAACACCAACCAGGAUGCCAAAUUGAGGGCGCGCAAGUUCUUCGAGUUGGAGAUGAGCGUCAGCGAUUGCGACAUCGACCCUUACGGCGUUGUCAACAACGCUGUCUAUGCUAAUUACGUCGAACGAGCACGAGAGGAACUGGCUGCAAUUCUUGGAGUGAGCGCAAGAACGGUAGCAUGCACAGGCAAAGCGUUGGCAAUCUCUGAGCAGAAUCUCAACUACCUCGCCCCUUUGAAGCGUGGGGCCAAGUUUGUUGUAAAGGUGACACUACAUAUCAAGGGUGUACGGAUAUACGCUAAGCAAUUCAUCGAGACCCUGCCUGAUCGCAAGCUCGUUUUGGAAUCGACGGCCAUCAUCGUCUGCCUCAACGGAGAAUACCGUCCAACUCGCGUGUUCCCGGAGCUGUCCUCCAAGUUGCUUGACUUCUUCUCGCCCCAGGAAAGCUGUAGCGAUUAAUGAUUUUCCAAAGCUCCAAGCUAUGAUGUACUCCCUCCGUUUCGAAAUGUUUGACACCGUUGACUUUUUAGCACA